AGAUGGUCUUGUUACUUGCAACACUCACUUUGAAGCUCUUCAGUAACUUCCAGUAAGAGCAGUACAUCUUUCCGCAGAUUUUUUGGAGUCUUCUGCGAGUGAUGUAUAUCCGGCUGCUUCACCUAGCAACUCUGCUCCUCCUGGCGUCAAACCCAAGCCAUGCUCAGAGGAUAACCUCAGAUUUAGCCAUGAUGCAGUACUUCCAGGCCAGGCUGAUCCAGCUGGAGGAGCGCCUGAUCAAAUGUGACCAGAACAUACAGGUGUAUGGGCAGAAGAUAUAUGACUUGACCAAUGAGAUGCAUGGCCAGGUGAACCACAUAAGAGCCCAUAAGUCUGAGGUGAGGAUGCAGGUGGAGAAUGUGGCGCUGCGGGUAGGCCGCCUGGAGAGGGACAUGGAGUACGUGCAGACCAGGAUCCCUAACGAGCCUCAGGUAGACAUGGAGGAGGCUCUGCUGGAUCAGCAGCUCAAAGAGGCCCGGAAGCUGAGGGAAAAGGCUAAAGUCAACAUUGGGACAGAUUGUGGCACAGUUCUUACAGGUGUCAAGUCCAUGAAGAUUGUGAAGAAAACGGGCGAUGUCUAUGGGGCCUGGUUGAGGGACCCAACUGAAGGCUCAGCAAAAGUCUACUACUUUGAUGGCACAAAAAAUGACACCAUGCUUGAGUAUACCUCUGUGAAGACCUUCCGUGAGAGCAAUUCCAAUCAGAAAGCAAACACCAUCAAACUCCCUUUCCCAUGGCAGGGGACUGGCCAUAUAGUCUACGAUGGCUUUGUGUACUACCACCAAGCAGACACGACUAACAGGAUUGUCAAGGUCCAUCUCCUCAACCGCACAGUGAGUGACAGCAUUCUGCUGCCGGGGGUUGGUCACCUUCCUGCCUAUGCACUCUCCCCGCACACGUUCGUACACCUGGUAGUGGAUGAGAUAGGGCUUUGGAGCAUUCACGCCGACCCUGAUCUUGGAGGAAACUUGGUGAUCACAAAACUGGAUCCGGGCACCAUGCACGUGGAGCACUCCUGGGACACCCCCUGUAAGAGUCAGGAUGCUGAGGCCGCGUUCCUGAUCUGUGGGACCAUGUAUGUGGUGUACAACACCCGUCACGGUGGACGUUCCAGCAUACGCUGUCUGCACGACAUCCACGACACCAUCCUUAAUGCAGAGCCCCCUCUACUGUUCUUUCCCAAGGGUUACACCAGCCAUGCCAGCAUGCAGUAUUACCCCAAAGACAAGCAGCUCUUCAGCUGGGAUGACGGCUACCAAACCAUUUACAAACUAGAUGUGAAGAAAAAAAAUAUGGCUAUAUAAAAUUGAAGUGAUUAGUUGAGUAAAACUGAUAUUUAGAAUUGCAUGUUGUAUAUUCCACACAGUACAACCCCAAGAUAAUCAAAAUAACUAGUGUAGUAAACAGUCAAAUCAUUAUUAUCAAAUCAUUAUCAUUAACUUUAAGCAUGCUUUGAAUGUGAGAUAUUAUUUAAUACAAACAUUGCUGUCUUACUCAAUUGUAUGGAUAUUAAAGUAUUUGUUUCAAUGGA